AGCAUGAGAGAGAAAGUAUGAAAAAAAAGAAGCAAGGCAGCUAAGCACAAGAAAGAAGACGAAGAAGAAGAUGCACUUCAGUUUUCAUCUUUCCUUCAAUUAGAUCUCUUCUUCUUCUUCCUCUGCCACAGGCUCCUCUGUUUUCUUUCUUUCCAAGUCAACAGAUACAGAAAGAGUCAUGGGCUGUUUUCAAUCUUCUUUAGCUAAACGUCACCGACCCGGCCGACACCACACUCAUCCCUCUAACGGCACCUCUCCUUCCGCCGCCGUAGCUGUAACCGUUGUUGCUACUGGAACCGUAUCGGCCUUCUCCGAGUUUUCCCUAUCUGACCUUAAAGCCGCCACCAACAAUUUCAGCUCGGACUUCAUCGUAUCCGAAAGCGGAGAGAGAGCUCCUAAUGUUGUCUACAAAGGCCGCCUUCAGAACAGGCGUUGGAUCGCCAUCAAGAAGUUUACAAAGGCGGCUUGGCCCGAUCCCAAGCAGUUCGUUGAUGAAGCAUGGGGAGUAGGGAAGUUGAGACACAAACGAUUGGCCAAUUUGAUUGGCUAUUGCUGUGACGGAGAUGAGAGACUGCUUGUUGCAGAGUUUAUGCCAAACGAUACCUUAGCUAAACAUUUGUUUCACUGGGAGAAUCAAACACUUGAAUGGGCUAUGCGUUUGAGGGUUUCUUUGUAUAUUGCCGAAGCAUUAGAAUUUUGUAGAAGUGAAGGUCGUCCAUUGUAUCAUGACAUGAAUGCAUACAGAGUUCUAUUUGAUGAGAAUGGUGAUCCAAGGUUAUCAUGUUUUGGUUUAAUGAAGAACAGCAGAGAUGGAAAAAGCUAUAGUACAAACCUUGCUUAUACGCCUCCAGAGUAUCUAAGAAAUGGAAGGGUUACCCCAGAAAGUGUCAUGUUUAGCUUUGGAACAGUGCUUCUGGAUCUUCUCAGUGGGAAACACAUCCCACCAAGUCAUGCGCUUGAUAUGAUGCGUGGGAAGAACAUUCUUCUUUUGAUUGAUUCACACUUGGAAGGAAACUUUUCAACUGAAGAGGCUACUGUUGUUAUUAAUUUAGCUUCAAAAUGUUUGCAGUAUGAACCAAGAGAACGACCAAACACAAGAGACCUGGUUUCUACCCUUGCCCCAUUGCAGAAUAAACCUGAUAUUCAAUCUUAUGUGAUGCUUGGUAUCCCUAAACAUGAAGAGGCACCAACCACCCCUCAACAUCCUCUUUCACCAAUGGGCGAUGCCUGUCAUAGAAUGGACCUCACAGCCAUCCAUCAAAUUUUGGUAACAACUCACUAUAAAGACGAUGAAGGAACGAAUGAGCUAUCUUUUCAAGAAUGGACACAACAGAUGAAAGACAUGUUGGAUGCAAGGAAGCGUGGUGACUUGGCAUUCCGUGAUAAGGAUUUUAGAACUGCUAUAGAUUGUUAUUCUCAGUUCAUAGAUGUGGGAACGAUGAUAUCCCCAACUGUAUAUGGAAGAAGAAGUCUAUGUUAUCUUAUGUGCGAGCAACCUGAUGCAGCUCUCCGAGAUGCCAUGCAAGCCCAGUGUGUCCUCCCCGAUUGGUCGACUGCUUUUUACAUGCAAGCGGUUGCCCUUGCGAAGCUGGACAUGCACAAAGAUGCAGCUGAUAUGCUUAACGAAGCUGCUGCCCUAGAAGAUAAGAAGCACAAAGGAGGAGGAACUGGCAGAUGACAUUUUUUCUAUUUUAUUUGAUUCUUCUUGUUGUUAAUGUUAUUGUUGUUGGCUUUGACAGAACAAUUGUUGUGUUUAUAUAUAUAUAUAUAUGCAAAUGUAUUGUUUUGGGUGA